ACAACACAGACAUUGUCAACUGUGUCUCAAGAGUCCAUGGAAGGCAAGUACGCUCAAGAUCCCGUGCAAGAGCACAAUCAACGUGUGCCGCUGUCGCCGCUCGACACCCGACAAAGUUACGCGGCCCCACUAUCGCCAUUGAUUGGCGGACCAAGUUUCCCAGGAAAAGACUACCCUAUCAAUGAGAAGAAACACCUUUCAGCUCUCCAGGUCUACGAAAAGCAACCAAUCCCGGUACCCAAGCCAGCAGCUUCCAACCCCAGGCCGGUUGUCCUCAACAAAUCGCUCAAAUUUUGGACAUGGUUCAGCCCUUAUCGACAGAUGCUACUUCUGGUCGUGGCAGUCGAAGCAAUAAUGGUCAUAAUCACUCUACUGGGUGGAUGGCACUUUGCUAGGACUCAUCUACCUGCGUUGGUCACCGGGAAUUUGUUGGUGGCUAUUGCCAUUCGAUCCGAAUGGGUAAUGAGAUUCCUCUAUUGGGUUUCAAUCAAGUUGUUCAGAAGAUGGACUCCCUUGAAAGUCAGAGUGCUGGUCGUAGCCAUCUUAUACCACAUUGGUGGUUUGCACAGUGGAUGCGGCAUCGGUGCAAUGAUGUGGCUACUCUUGGCUUGGACAUAUCACAUCAUGAACAAGGAUCUUUACCACUCUCUGGUCAUGGCCUCAUUAUUUGUUUCCAUGAUAGUCGUCGUCGCAACUUGCUUUGUUGCAACACCCCUCGUCAGAGCGAUCCACCACAAUAUCUUCGAGAUUACUCAUCGAUUCUUGGGAUGGUUGGGAAUCAUCACUAGUUUAAUCUUUGUAAUCGUAUCAAGCUGGUGGGACGUCAACACCCAAUCAUGGAGAACAUCCAGCAGAUACUUGAUACGACAAGAAGAGUUCUGGUUUAUGAUUGCCAUCAUACCCCUAAUUAUAGGCCAAUGGAUCACUGUACGACAUGUACCGGUCGUAGUAACGGCGCCGUCUUCAAAAGCUUCAGUAAUCAGAGUUCCUGGUGGAUUGACAUCUGGUCUUCACACUCGAGUCUCUCGUGGAGGUCUGAAAGAAUGGCACAUUUUUGGUUCGAUUAGCGAAGGGAAGCACGCCGAUUGCCACUACAUCGUCAUGGCCGUUCAAGGUGGUUUUACUCGUGCAAUGAAUAAAGAUCAACCAGAGACUUUGUACACCAAAACCUGGAAGCCAUGUGGGUUACCGUACUUCUCCAGACUUUUCAACAGAGGGGUAGCAAUUUGUACGGGAUCUGGUAUCGGUGCCGUUGGAUCAACAUGUAUUCAGCACGGCGAUUGGUUUCUUAUUUGGAUUGGAGCCGAUUUAGAGAAAACUUAUGGCUCCGAGUUCAUCAACUUCAUCAAGAGCAAGAUUGAACCCGAACGCCUCUUGAUUUGGGAUACUAAAGGCCCUCUUGGCAGACCAGAUGUCAACGUCGAAUUAGAAAAGGUCUACAAACAAUGGAACGCUCAAGUCGCACUGUUUAUCGGAAGUCCUGCUUUGAAUAAAAGUGUGCUGAGGACAUCAAGAGCCCGUGGGAUCCCCGUUUUUGGUUCCAUUUGGGAUGCUUGAAAC